GCAAGGUUGGAGUGUCGUAUGUAAGCUAUUCGCCCACGGUAAAGUAGGCAGUAGGCGAGGAAGAGCGAGCACGAGAGACGCACCACCCACCAAGCUAAAUAACAUUCUUAUUCCCUAUUGAUCAGGGCAUGACUCAAAUAUCACCAUAGUGAGGUGUGAACAGCAAGAGCGGUGAUAUGGCCUAUAUCCAGAUACCUGAUGAUGAGAAGGGGUAUAAAUUGGACCUCUUCUGUGUCCCCAAACACUAUGAGGAGGAUUUAGACCAGGUUAUCAUCCCCCAUGGACUGAUCAUGGACAGGACUGAGCGCCUGGCUCGUGAUAUAGUCCGGGACAUGGGGGGACACCAUAUAGUAGCACUGUGUGUUCUCAAAGGAGGUUAUACAUUCUUUGCCGACCUGCUGGACUACAUCAAGGCCCUAAAUCAGAACAGCGAUAAGUCUGUCCCGUUGACUGUGGAUUUCAUUAGGCUAAAGAGCUAUUGCAAUGACCAGUCUACAAACAUUGUCAAAGUUAUCGGAGGGGACAAGCUCUCAACUCUAACCGGAAAGAAUGUUUUGAUAGUUGAGGACAUUGUGGAGACGGGGAGGACUAUGGAGACACUGCUGUCACUGCUGAGUGAAUGCAAUCCAAAGAUGGUCAAAGUCGUCAGCCUUCUAGUCAAGAGAACACCAAGGAGCUCAGGAUACAGACCAGACUACAUCGGGUUUGAGGUGCCAGAUUCGUUUCUGGUGGGAUAUGCCCUGGACUACAAUGAGUACUUCAGAGAUCUCAGUCACAUCUGUAUACUGAACGAGAACGCAAAGGAGAAGUACAAAGUGUGAGCUGAGGCGAUAGACAGAUGGAUGACGAGGGACUAGGACCACUGUGAUCCUGAGCUUUUUAGGGUUCUGAACCUUAUUUAUCUGUGUAUGAAACCUAUUGUGAAUUCAGUUUGCAAGAUACUAUUUGAGAACAAAAAUGUAUUGAAUUCAUAUUUUUGUUCCCCUAGAAGCAAUGGGACGAGUUAUGGUUUUAAGUAGAGGAUUGGUGUAAAGAUGGUUAUGGGAGUACAUUUUUAUUUAUUUAGAUUUGUUAUUCUAUAUUAUAUUGGGGCCUUGGAUUCCUCUCAUCUGAUUUAUGUUAGUAAGGAUGGAUUUUGUUAUGUUGCUUAAUAUAAUCCACAGGAUCUCAGGCGACUGUACAUAUCCACAGUAAAAUCUAUGUGAGUCAAGUCAUGUACUGCAUUGUACAAACCAAUGAUGCUGUUUAGCUCAUAUGCCAAGCCCAUGCAAAGAACAGCCUGGAAUGUAAUGGAACAAUUUUGUUUAAUAAUGGCAAUGUUUUCAUUCACCAAGGACAUUAACAAUCCUAUUGACAGCAAUAUUCAAAUCUUAAAUUUGUGUGUUGGAGAGCGAUGCCUUCCAUGGAUUGACUUUAAAGAAAAGAGAGAUCCGCACACUACUCUUGUUUUUUUAUUGAAGCAUUUAAGGCCAAGAGGCUGACAUACAGUUGAAGUCGGAAGUUUACAUACACUUAUGUUGGAGUCAUGAAAACAUGUUUUUCAAGAUCAUGAGGAAGGAAAAUGAUGUGGAUAUAUUGAAUCAACAUCUCAAGACAUCAGU